GCAGUUCACUUCAUUUCGUUGUAGCUGACACACACAUUCCUUUCGGCUAUUUCUCGGAAAAAAAAAAACAGUACCUCAAAAUUGUAAAAAACGAACCGAAAAUAUUUAAAAUUUCCUUCCAAAAAUCUCUCGCGAGAAUCCUUUGAAAUGACCUCCACUUUGGUAUUGCUGAUCGUGAGUGUCCUGCACUUCGGGAUGCGCGGCAGUUGUCUGUUGGACAUCGAGCGGUUUCCGGUGGUGCCGGGUACCAUUUACGCUGGCCACGUCGCCUACUGCGCCAUCCUGCACUUCCUGCAGGAUGUGGAGGUCCUGCCGCAGCGCUACCGCCGCCGGAUGGGCAAGCUGGCCGCCUUCCUGGUCGAACUGGUUCUGGGCAUGGCCGUCAUGGAGGUCAUGGCCUUGUGGCUCUGGUGCAGCGUGGAGCACAUUGUCCACCUGACGCUGCAGUUCGUCCUGCGUCGCUACUUCGGCAUGUCCUCGCAGUUCUAUCUGCAGUGGGAGUGGGCCAUUGUCGGUGGCACGAUGUCCUUCCUGGCGGGCUUGCUCUGGCUGAAUGCCUACGCAGCCACCGAACCGAUCGGCUUGGAUGAAGGCAAAACGGGUAGCGAGAAGUGCUCGAGGAUCAAGUCGAAGCAGGCGAAGCACCCCGUUGAGGAUCAGGAGGAAAAGGCUCCGAAUGUGAAGCAAAACCAGGAGGAGGUGGAUCAAAUCGUAGAGCAAUCAUUUCCCGCCGAGCAGAAAGUGCAAGUUCUGACCACCACCACCGAUUGCUAGACCAGCUAAACCCUUUCAGGAAAGCCAAGCCAAGCCCACUCUUCUUCCCUCCCUCGCAAUCCUUUGAUGUGGCAAAAGGACUCUUUCCCCUCCUCUGCCCCCCCACCCCGAAAUAAAGGGACUCCCUCAAUUAGAUGAACCAGCGAGGGAGGAGAGCCGACGAUCAUGGAAGAAGACCGGAGGAAAUGUAUUUAUUCCAGCUAGAUGGACUCGAAAAGCUCUAAAGACCGUGCCAAAGGAUGCUGGGCAGAGGAUGGGGACGGGGACGGGGACGGUAACGGGGCUUUCCGAACUGUUGAGGGGGGAGGAAAGGGAGAGGGGGGAGGGGGAGCAUAAAAUGAUGGACUGCAGUAAAAUGUCUAUGAAAAUUGA